AUGCAUCUUCCCACUCUCAUCGCGGCAGCAAGUCUAGGUUCUUUUACCACAGCAUAUCGAACUCCAGCCACCUCUUCGCAACCUCGUGUAAGACUUGCGAAUGGCUCUCACACUCCCAUCACCCCGAAAGUUCUCAUCAUAGACAUGUUUUCGGAUGAAGGGGAAGCUUGGUAUGGAAUACCCGAAUUCGAUGUUUUGGCUCGCAAUAUCACCGUGCCUGGGCUUUCGCCGCUUUUUCCCCAGGUUCAUUGUACGGUGGAUGGAGAAAUAUGUCAACUCACUACUGGAGAGGGAGCUGACUGGUCAGAAAUCAAUGCUGCUGUCUCAAUCAAUUCGAUAGCAUAUUCGCCUCUCUUCAACUUGAGCCAAACUUACUUCCUUAUUGCGGGCAUUGCAGGCGUCUCUCCCAAAGUUGCCACCAUCGGCUCUGUAACGUUCGCUCGGUACGCCGUAUCCGUGGCCUUACAAUAUGAAAUUGAUGCCCGAGAAAUGCCUUCAAAUUUUAGCACCGGUUAUUUUCCCCAAGGAGCAUCUUCACCGACAGACAGCCUAGUUGAAAUCUACGGUACAGAAGUAUUUGAAGUCAAUGAACCACUGCGCAAGAUUGCCAUCUCAUUUGCCGAGACGGCUAUCCUUAAUGAUACGGCGGAUGCGAUGAGCUAUCGAGCUCUUUACGGCUCCACCAACGCAUAUACUAUCGGGGCCCAACCACCUAGCAUCGUGGCUUGCGACACUGCAACUUCAGAUGUCUACUUCGCCGGAGAAUUACUCGCCGAUGCUUUCGAGAAUACCACUUCGGUAUGGACUAACGGUAAUGGCAUCUACUGCACCACUCAACAAGAAGAUAACGCGACUCUUGAAGCACUUCUUCGAGCCGCCUCUACCAACCUUGUCGAUUUCUCCCGUAUCAUCAUCAUGCGCACCGCAUCGGAUUUUGAUCGGCCUCAUGCUGGUCAAAGCAUUUUGGAUAAUCUUUUCUUUCAGGAUCAGGGGUAUGAACCCUCUAUUCAGAACAUCUAUUUCGCUGGUGUCAAAGUCGUUGAGGGUAUAUUAGACGGAUGGGAUAGUACAUUUGCAGCGGGCGUUGAAGCUACAAAUUAUGUGGGUGAUAUAUUAGGUACGCUAGGUGGGCAACCAGACUUCGGUCCAGACUCAGUGUUUCAGAAAAGGGGAUUGAAGCAAAGAAGAUUUAUGCGGCGCCACUGA